AUGGGGUCAAACACAAGAAUUGUUGGGGUUUCGAAGAAAGAUUGGUCUGUUAAGCUGGACAAGACUCUCUGGGCGUACAAAACAGCGUUCAAGACGCCAAUAGGCAGAACACCAUUUCAGUUGGCUAAGAGGACUCUUGAUCUACAUGAGUUGGAAGAGAUCAGACGUGAUGCCUAUGAGAGCUCAAAGAUUUACAAAGAAAGAACCAAGAAUUUUCCUGAUAAGAAAAUGGUUGUCAAGGCGCUCAAGGCUGGAGAUCAGGUUCUGCUUUUCAACUCCAAACUUAAGUUAUUUCCUGGAAAGCUUAAGUUUAGGUGUUCUGGAGCUUUUGACGUCAAGGAGGUUCUGCCAUUCGGAGCCAUCACUCUUCUGAACAAGGAUGGUAGCGAGUUCACUGUAAAUGGUCAAAGAUUCAAGAAAUUUUUAGCUAAUCAAGUCCGACCAGAAGGGUCUUCUGUGCUCCUCUAUGAACCCGAAAAAGCAUAA